AUGGAGUUUUCACUGCUGUUCCUGUGUAUAUUCUCUUUAGCGUUGGCGUCGUUUCCCCACGACUUUGGAUUCUCAUCCCCUCUCAUCCUACCGCGCGCAACAAACCCCACUAGCAAAGACGGCAACUGUGGUUCUAAUUCAGAGACUAACGCGACAUGCCUCACCUCCACUUUUGGCAACUGCUGCUCUGAGAAAGGUUUCUGCGGUAAGACUUCAGCAUACUGCGCCGAGGGAUGUCAAGAUGCGUUUGGCACCUGCUCGUCGAUGCCUGAUGGGCAGCUUGUGAGCACUUCGGGAUCAUGUGGUGCGACUUCCACAAGCAAUGUCACAUGUCAAGGGAGCACGUAUGGAAACUGCUGCUCUGAGUUGGGGUACUGUGGCAAGAAUUCGACUUAUUGUGGUGACGGGUGCCAAAGCGAGUUCGGUACUUGUUCAUCAUCCGAUGACGAGUCCUCCACGACCACCGCAGAAAGUGACAAGACUUCUACCUCGACGGCGGCCUCAUCCACGAGUUCUGGUGCUAUUUCGAUUGACGGAAACUGCGGAUCUAAUUCGGAUAUCAACGCUAUCUGCAAAGGCAGCGAGUUUGGCGAUUGCUGCUCGGGAUUGGGGUACUGCGGCGGGAACUCGAGCUAUUGUGACACGGGCUGCCAAUCCGAAUUCGGUUCCUGCUAUUCGACAAGCUCGUCGACAAGCUCAUCAACAGGCCCGUCAACGACCGCAUCGACAGACUCGUCAACAACCUCGUCGGCAGCCUCAUCGACAGGCUCCUCCCUCAGCACCGGCGCCAAGGCCGGAAUCGCGGUCGGAUCUAUCAUCGGUGGGCUUGGAGCUAUAGGGCUUCUCGCUUGGCUUUUGAUACGAAGAAAAAAUGCCAAAAAGCCGUCGUCGCUGGAAAAGAUGGAUAGCGGUGCGGGGAUACAUAAUGACGGGGCGAGAUAUGAGAUGCAUGAGCAGCCCCUUGUUGAGUUGCCUGCUGGUUAUGACAGGGAACAAGACAUGAAGAGGGUUGACGAUCGGGCUGCGGCAGGGUAUGAUGGAGCAUACAGGGGGCAUUAA